UCCAACCAUCAAGCCUAUCUUCCGAUCCUCAACAAUGGGCCUCUGCAAAAUCCUCUCCAUUUCCUCAUUCCUUCUCACCACCCUAUUCUUCACCUCCAGCUAUGCAGCCACCUUCAACAUCCAAAACCAUUGCUCCUACACGGUUUGGGCUGCGGCAGUCCCAGGCGGGGGCAUGCAGCUUGGCUCAGGCCAAUCCUGGAGCCUCAAUGUGAAUGCCGGCACCACUGGAGGCCGUGUUUGGGCCCGUACCAACUGCAACUUCGAUGCGUCAGGGAAUGGGAAGUGUGAGACCGGGGACUGUGGUGGCCUCCUCCAAUGCACGGCCUAUGGUACACCCCCUAACACCUUAGCCGAAUUCGCACUUAACCAAUACAGCAACUUGGACUUCUUUGAUAUAUCUUUGGUUGAUGGAUUUAAUGUGCCUAUGACCUUUAGUCCUACUUCCAAUGGGUGCACCCGAGGUAUCAGUUGCACCGCCAACAUCGUGGGAGAGUGCCCCGCUGCGCUAAAGACUACCGGUGGUUGCAACAACCCAUGCACCGUUUUCAAGACCGAUGAAUAUUGUUGCAAUUCUGGGAGCUGUAGUGCUACAGAUUACUCAAGGUUUUUCAAGACUAGGUGCCCUGAUGCUUAUAGCUACCCUAAGGACGAUCAGACAAGCACCUUCACAUGCCCUGCCGGUACCAAUUAUGAAGUUAUCUUCUGCCCCACUUUCGAAAUCCGAAACAGCUGCCCCUACACCGUCUGGGCAGCCGCAGUACCCGGCGGCGGAAGGCAACUCGACCAAGGCCAGACCUGGAACCUUUCAGUGAGCUCCAACAUAACGGGCCGCAUCUGGGGCAGAACCAAGUGCAGCUUCGAUGAAGCCGGAAGGGGGAGCUGCGAGUCCGGUGGAUGUGGAGGCCUCCUUGAAUGCCAAGAAUAUGGUUCACCGCCCAACACCAUUGCCGAGUACACCCUAAACCAAUCCAACAAAACUGAUUUAUUCGAUGUUUCUCUGGUGGAUGGAUUCAACCUUCCAAUGGAGUUUAGCCCAACUUCUGAUGGGUGCAGAGGGGCCAAUUGUACAGGCGACAUUAACGGGCCGUGCCCAAAUGAGUUGAGGGACCUGGGUGGGUGUAACAACCCAUGUACCGUUUUCAAAAAUUCUCAGUACUGUUGCACGUCCGGGAUCUGUGGCCCUACAACUUACUCCGAGUUUUUCAAGGAUAGGUGCCCAAAUGCAUACAGUUACCCUGAGGAUGAUGAUUCAACCAGUUUGUUUACCUGCUCCACUGGCUCUAACUAUCGUGUAGUCUUCUGCCCUUGAAUUAUGGGUUGCUAUUCAUUGUUUGAAGAAUUUUCUGAAUUGCCGUGUAAUUUUAUGCUAUGAGGGUAUUUCUUCCUAAGUUUUGUUCGAUGACCCAUUGAAAUAAAUACUCGAUAACUUC